AUGAGUACCUGGGAGAAAUUUCAAGAUAAACUCUCCAAUCCUAUCUUUCAUUAUGGAGUUGGUAAGCAUAUCUACAUUGUUGUCAAUCAUCGUCUACGUUUAUUUGUUUAUUCAGCAAUAUGUUCGUUUACAGCGUCGUCACCGGAUCAAUUGUCGUUGUUGUUAGGUGAUAGUGUGCACGUUCGAGAAGAAUGUGAUGAGUGGUAUUUUGGAACAUUGGCUAAUAAACCUCAAUUAUCAGGAAUUUUUCCGAAAAAUUUUGUCUAUCUCAAACCUAUUAUCGUGGAUAAUAAUCAAAUUACGAAUUUUACUAAUGAAGAUUCCCUAGCAAGUGAUCUAAUUGGAAUAUUACGUGAAUGGGCACAUCACAUCGAACAAUUUUAUAAAGAUGAUCAAAAAGUGAAAGUGAACAUUGUUUCAAAACUGAUGACAGAUCUGAUUCGACACCGACAUCGACUAAUGUGUUUUUCUCAUACACAGGAAGAAUUGAUUGAAUUAAAACAAACCAUUGUUGAUCUAGUAGAUCAAGGCACACGACUUUUACAACUAGAUCUGAUUAUACGUGAUAAAAACUUGAAUGUUGCUAAUCCAUCCGACACAAGCACUCAUGACUUGUUGCAAUCAUUGACGCGGAUUGAAAAGAAAUCUUUACACGAUGUGGAAAAGCCUCGUCCACAUCCGGAUUUUCAACUCGCUAAUACUCAGUCAAUGUUAGUCACUUUAGAAAAGAUUGACAUUGCCAUCUCUGACAAUACUGAACUAUGGUGUACUUUAUAUGAUUAUUCAUCUGAUGAUAGCGGAGUCGAAUUAAUUCCCAGUGAAACUUUUGUUAUUCGAGACAAAGAAGCUCUUCGCACGCAAGAACAUACAGUUGCUUUUACAGAUAUCAGUCGGUCACGUUCAAUGAAAUCUAUGACAAGUCUCAAUACUCUAUCUGUCAAAUAUCUUGUUUUGUACAUUAUUCGGACUGGACCUAUGUACAUCAACGAUCACAACAUCAAAGAUUCAGCCGAAGGAAGUACGAAUACAUUGAAGAAAACGAAAAAUGAAACAAAUGAUAUACGUCGACCUUACAUGGUAGCAUUGAUAAACAUGUCUCAGCAACUUGAUUGUCAUAGUCGAAUGAAAGCAUCGUCAUCGGAGAAGGAAUUAAUUGUACCAUUUGGUUUCAACACAUGGGACGAUCGCGAUACAUUGGUUUCUAUAUUUCAAAAAAUGACAAAAUCAAAUGACAUUGAAUUGUUGAAAAAACAUACACUAAAACUACAGAUCCUCAAUGGAGGAUUUCGUGAGUUAAAAACGGAUUACCCACAUUUACUUCAUGGCGAUGUGUGUGUUUGUCGAAAACUUGAUUUUCCUGAAGUGAUCAAUGCGGAUGAUCUUCGAAAUGAUAUCUAUGUCACAAUUUACGGGGCAGAGUUUAGUAAAAGUGGCAAUUAUGAAUAUACAGCCGAACUUUGUGAUGAAAAUGAAAAUCCUAUUCCAGGUUUACUGAAUGUAGGUGUGAAUUGCACCAGUGAUCUUCUUCAUCGAUCGAUUGUUUGUAUUAAAACUGACAAACCAAAAUGGAAUGAAACAUUUCGAAUUGCAAUUCCAUUUUCUAUCAGCGCAGAAGAUAUGCGUCAAUAUCACGUUCGAUUUCUAUUCAAACAACGCCACUCGAACGAUGUUAAAGAUAAAUCGGAAAAACCGUUUGCAUUAGCAUUUCUCCCGUUGAUCGAAAAAGCUGGAACAGUUAUUCAAGACGGUCAUCGACAUUUAGUUGUUUAUAAAAUUACCCAACGUAAAUCAGACACAAACAUAUCAGGAUACAUUAAUUUACAAGCUGUGCAGAUAAGUGCACCGAUCAAUUUAACAAAAGAUUCUUACAAUGGUUCACAUCGGUUAUCUCUUGAUGAAGCGUCGUCGCGUUUUUAUCAACCAUCGGAUUAUUUCUCGCCAAGUUAUCGUGAACAUUUUCUCGUCAAAGUUAAAGUUGUUUCCACGCAGUUAACACAAAUACCUAUUAUUUUAACUUUGUUAACAUGGACACCGAAAGAUUCGUCGAUUUAUCUACUUGAAUUACUCGAAAAAUUCGUUGAUCAUCUCGGCGGGAUUAAUCUUUCAAACACGACUUUAUCCGAACAACGUACGAUUAACAUGAUGCUACCAACGGAUAUCAUCGAACGUGCAACCGAAGUGGUGAAAAAUUUACAAAAUAUCUUUGAUAAAUUAUUCGAAAUUCUCACAUCACAAGAAAACGAAUUGAAAACACGAGAACAAGAAAAAUUCGCUAUUCCGAUCGAUUUGAAUAAGAUCCACCAGACGGCAUUUCACGCUCUGAUUUGCAUCUUGGAUUUAAUUUCAAUGAAACAAUUUGAAUCAUUUCGAACUGUCUUGGAUGAUUAUAUUAAGAAUAAGUUCAGUUCGACAUUGGCAUACAAUAUUUUACUUCAUUUGAUUAAUAUUACUUUGACGAAAUAUGUGGAAAACAAUCGAUCUGAUUUGAACAUGACGGCUUACUGUGUAAAGAUGUUAAAACAACUGGAAUAUCUUUUUAAACUGAUCGUUCGUUCACGUGUUCUAUACGCUAAAUGGAAAAAUAACGCGGAUCAAAAUGAAUUCGAUCAGCUUUUGAAAAAUGUUCUCCGUUCGUUUACACGAGUCUUAACUUUCUCCGAUGAUCACGCAUCGGCAGCACAAGGGCUCAUUCUUCGAUUUUAUCCAGCUGUUGUCACUGAACUUCUUACAGCGAAUGUAUUCAACGCUGUCACACUCAGCGAAAUUACUGCGCGCGAGUUUCUUGCAGCACUGCCAGCCAAACGGUUAACUCCGCAAAAACUCCGCAGCCUGAACGAUUUAGCGCGUGGUUUACUCAUGCAAAUUCCAGAGAGUCGUCCAAUAAUUCUGAAAGUCAUUGUUACGGAUGCAUCGAUGUUGUGUAAUAAUUUCAUCACAGAGCGUCAAAACUCGGACGAUUUUCGUUUAUCUAUGGUGAAUCAACAAUCAUCUGCGUUUUUCAUCGAUCAGAAAGAUCGUGAUCAUCUAACUUUAUGUUCGAAAAUUGUCGGACAUAUCAUGAAUCAUUUAUUCAGUCGAAAAACUUCUGGUGACAUCGCAAUUGUUGUAGAAAAACUGCUUCGUGUCUUUAUGCAAAUCUUACUUAUUAUUCGUGUGAAAGAACGAGAUCUAGCUAUCAAUUUCGCCACGGGAGUCAUUGCGAUACUUCGCACGAUGGAAGAUGAACAUUAUGUCGAAUUUUUACGCCAAAUGGAUGAUAUAAGUUUACAUGAUUUUUUUCUCGAUGCUUUUGGUCUCAUUCGAGAUCUUGUCACGGUACCAAUUUUCUCGAAUGAUUGGUCAGAGAUGCUUCUCUUACAAAAUGCAAUAUUUGUUCGUGCAAUGAAUAAAUUCGUUUCUCGAUUAGUCGAAAAUCUCGCUCAUUUCAAUGAACAAUCAAUCGUCCUAUGGCAAUUGUAUUUCGAAUCGAUUGUUCAAUUUAUUAUUCAACCAUGUUUACAACUAGAAUCAUUUACAUCUAACAAACGGAAACGAAUUCUAUCGCGAUACAAAGAUCUACGUAUUGAGGCGUCGAAUGACUUGAAAACCAUGUGGUUUUGUUUAUAUGAACAACAUAAACUACAUUUCAUUCCUAAUCAAAUCUAUGGAGUUAUUCGCGUGAGCCUUAUACCUGUUCAAGAUAUUCGGGCAGCGAUGAUUCGGGUGCUAUGCGAUAUGAUCUAUAUAAUUAAUAAACACCAAGAGAAUCUAUCAACAUUCGAAAACGAAUUUGUCACUGUAAUGGAUCGAUUUGCCAAUGAACCGUUGGUUGAUAAACAUUUUAAAGAAUAUCUAAUCAACGCUAUUGAUGAUUUUUGCAAGGCGAAGAAACUGGCAAGAAAUGGUUCGAAACUAGUUGAUAUGAUUGAUAAUCUCCUCUCGCGGAUAAUUGAACUACGCGCUGCUGUUAACGACAGUGAAACAGCUGCUUUGGAUCUUCAAAUGCAUUGUGUGAGAAGUUUAAUGGAAUUCUAUGAACGACUUGGUCAUCUGCCAAUGUACAUUAAAUAUAUUUAUCAAUUAUACGAAAUGAAUUGUCGUCUACAGAAUAAAAUCGAAGCUGGCCAUACGUUGAUGUUACAUGCGAGAUUACUUGAUUGGGAUCCGGAGAAAGUUCUUGAAGAAGUUCAUCUGAAAUAUUCACGAAUUCAUUCAACUAUGAAAACACAUGAUCAAUUAAAGAAGAAACUGUAUGGUGAAAUCAUUCAAUUAUUCGAUGAAGGCGAUGCUUGGGAAAAAGCAAUUGAAGUUUGUAAAGAAUUACAAAUUCAAUAUGAACAAUCUUUUGAAUACGAUAAUCUCAGUUCAUUAUUAUUGAAUCAAGCUCGACUUUAUGUCCAUAUUAUGGAUGUGAACAAACAACGUUUUGAACAAGAAUAUUUUCGUAUUGGCUGUUAUGGAAUUGGUUUCCAUGAUUUCCUUCAAAAUCAAGUAUUUGUUUAUCGAUCAGAACCAGGUCAACGGUUGAGUGAUGUUCGAGAGAAACUUCAAACAAUUUUUCCGCACUCAAUUCUCCUCGAUCCAACAAUUAGUAUCGAAGAACAUCAUCGUCGAAGUCCUUCCCAAUAUGUUCAAGUACAAGUUGUUCAACCGAUUUCCGACGAAAAGACUCGAUUUGGAAAUCGAAAUAUUCCAGAAGCAAUCUUGCGAUAUUACCGUUCCAAUGAAGUACGUCGAUUCACUUAUACACGCUUAUUUGUCCAUGAUGAUGAUCGUGAUGCGACAUCAGAUAUUGCCAAAUUCUCUGCGGAAAGAUACGAAUUUUCGACAGCACUUUCUCUGCCAAAUACAACUCGCUGGAUGCCAGCUGGUCCAUCAACGAAAACAAUACUAACGCCAUUGGAAAAUGCCAUUCAUUUAUUGGAAAAAACUAACCGAGAAUUGAAAGUGCUUGUUGAAGCAAAUGAAGUCGAUCGUGAACUUAAUGUGACACCAUUAUCAGGCAAAACAGCAGGCAUUCUCGAUGCAGCAGUUAUGGGAGGUGCUAGUGUGAUUGAACAAGCCUUUCUAUCCAGUGAAUAUCAAUCGAAACAUCCUGAUGAUUACACACGUAUAUUGAUCGAGAAAGUAAAACAAUUAUUGGCUGAUCAAAUUCCUUUACUCGAACGAGCGUUGAUUAUCAUGCGACAAAAAUCGAAACCAGAGAUUAUUCCACAUGUUGAUCAUUUAAGUAGUCUUUUGAUUUAUCGACAACGUUCUGUUGAACAAUAUUGUGGUAAACAAACAAAUGGUUUACGAUUAAGUUUAUUCAUACCAUCCAGUGAUUUAUCUUCAAACAUAUCUCUUCAUAGUCAACGUUCAAAUAAUGAUCCUCAGUUACGUCAAUCGGAUAUAUCUAGAAGUCGAACAUCAUCAACCAACUCAACCAGUACUGUCUUUAAACCCACUACAACUUCUUCACCACAAAAGACACCUAUCGAAUUACGUGAAGAAUUAACAAGUGUACGACCACGUCGUCCACCACGUACAGCGCCAUCAUUAAGUUCAUCAGUUAGUUCAUUAGCAGGAGCAUCGAAUGAUUCUCCACGUUCGUCGACUGCCGAUAUGAACAUUAGUGGACAAUUCAUCAUUGCAUCUGCUAGCCAAACUUUAUUAUCAUCUGAAAGUUUGAAUGGCGAAUCAACUGAAGAAACUCCACCCUCGAAGGUGAACAGUAACAAAACUUCAUUUUCACCUACUCAUCAAUUAGCCAAUAAACUUCGCGCACUGACAAAAUCUUCUGAACAAUUACUCAACGAUAAUCCACCACGUCCACCACCUAAACCGCCCAAAUUUCUACGUUGA